GGAGACCCAUGGUCCCCGCUGGCGCUCACAGCGGUGCUGGCCGGACCGCUUUUCGAGGCGCAGGCCGCGGCGCCAAGGGCGGAGUUCACCCUCUUUGUGGACGACAGGACGUGGACGGCACCCACGCUUACGGAGCACUUCAGGGCCGCGGAGGUGUGGAGGGAAUGGACCAGCGUUCUGGGUGUCAAGGAGAGCGAAGGCAAACAGCAGUGGGCCGCGGCAGCACCGAGCAAGCGCCGACAGCUGCUGCAGCACGGCGUUCCCGCUGACAGGGUCCACGACAAGCUGAAGGCCUUGGGCAUGAGGUUCACAGGAGGGCCGAAGAGGGCUGAGGUGGACAGGGAGAAGAAGAGAGUGGAGAAGGCGCUCCAGCAGGCGCGCCGCGCGAAGCUGCUUCCCUUGCAGCCGCGGGACCAGCGAACAUUGCUGGCGUCGAGGAAGCUCGUGCAGGGGCACGGACUCGACGUCGCAUACCAGGCUCAGAAGACCACGGUGAUGGCCGCGGUCAGAAUCGCGGCCAAGACGCGGCCGAGCACGACCCCGACGAGGUGGAAGAGAGGCCGAGGAUGGGGUGGCAACGUCGCCGCCAUGCUGAAGACCACAGGGUGGGCGCUGACGGGCGAGUGGGCCUGGUACCAUGCAGGGCUCGACAAACGUAUCUGCCUGGACAGGAACAGCAGGAAAUGGCUAAGGCCGAAGGCGCUGGCACACGUGCUCCGGGAAGGGUGGCGGCACGCGUGCUUCGUGCAGGGGCAGCGCGCCACCAGGAUAGACUCGGGGCUCUGCAGGUGGGAGAGUUACGAACCCUGCAGGAUCAAGGCCGUGCAGACGGCGGCGGCGAACAGCAGGAAGGCGGCAGCUUUCCUGACUGGCGCCUUCGUGCCCGUCGCGGCGCUGGACAACAGCAGGGCGCAGCGGGCCGCGCAGGCGGCCGAUGAGGCGCAGCAGCAGCCGCAGCCGAGGGAGGAGGGCACCAGGACGGAGCUGGCGCCCUGCCGGUGGUGCGGCGCGCCAGUGCCAGACACCGACCACAUGCU